GGGUAUCAUCAGUUGAGGAUAAAGGAGAGUGACAUACCUAAGAGUGCAUUUCGCACUAGAUAUGGUCACUACGAGUUUUUGGUAUGUCAUUUGGUCUAACCAAUGCACCGGCGGCGUUCAUGGACAUGAUGAACCGUGUGUUUAGUGAAUACUUAGAUCAAUUUGUGAUAGUAUUCAUUGACGAUAUUCUAGUAUACUCCAAAGGUGAAGAGGAACACGAGGACCAUUUGAGACUUGUACUCGAACGGCUAAGGGAAAAACAACUCUUUGCAAAAUUCUCUAAAUGCGAGUUUUGGCUCAAAGAGAUUGGGUUUCUCGGGCAUGUCGUGUCGGGUUCGGGCAUUGCUGUGGAUAAAGCCAAAAUAGAAGCCGUUGUGAAUUGGGAGAGACCCAAAAAUGUGAAAGAGAUACGUAGUUUCCUUGGCUUAGCGGGAUACUAUCGUAAAUUUGUUGAGAAAUUCUCGGUGUUGGCGUCUCCAUUAACAAAGCUCACAAAGAAAGGGGCCAAGUUCGUGUGGGACGACAAGUGUGAGGAAGGAUUUCUCGAACUAAAGAAACGACUCACCGAAGCACCAGUCCUUGCCCUACCCACACAAGGGAUAGGGUAUGAUAUAUAUAGCGAUGCUAGCAUUCAAGGUCUUGGGUGUGUACUAAUGCAAAAAAGGGGGGUGAUUGCCUAUGCUUCUGGGCAAUUGAAGAAACACGAGGCGAACUACCCUACCCAUGAUCUAGAGUUGGGAGCGGUAGUGUUUGCACUGAAGAUUUGGCGACAUUAUCUCUACGGGGAGACAUGUCACAUUUUCACCGAUCAUAAGAGCCUGAAGUAUGUAUUCACUCAGAAAGAGUUGAAUAUGAGACAAAGGAGAUGGAUGGAGUUGAUCAAGGACUAUGACUUGAUCAUCGACUAUCAUCCCGGAAAGGCCAAUGUAGUGGCUGAUGCACUGAGCAGGAAAAGUACGUCGGGGACAUUACUCACAUGUCUACGAACUUUGAGGGCACACGUGGAGGUGUCCGCGAGUGGGGUCCUCAUUGCUAGAUUCGAGGUUAGGCCUACAUUGCUGAGUGAGAUCAGUAGAUGUCAGGCCACUGAUGAAGAAUGCCAGAAGAUCUGCGAGAGGAUCCUUGAAGGGCCCGUUGAGAACUUUCGGGUACGUGAUGACGGUCUUUUACUGUUUAAAGAUCGUGUAUGCAUACCAAAGAGUGAAGAGCUCCAAAAGUCUAUACUAGAGGAGGCUCAUUCUUCGACAUAUGCUAUGCAUCCAGGAGGUACUAAAAUGUACCGAGACUUGAAGGAAAGUUACUGGUGGUCGGGUAUGAAGAGGGACAUCACAGAGUACGUGAGUCGAUGCCUUACUUGCCAGCAAGUUAAGGCAGAACACCAGCACCCGGCAGGGCUUUUGCAGCCACUGACCAUUCCAGAAUGGAAGUGGGAGCAUGUGACCAUGGACUUCGUGGUGGGGCUGCCAGGAACAGUGAACAACUAUGAUGCGGUUUGGGUAGUGGUUGAUAGGCUCACCAAGAGUGCACACUUUUUGCCUAUCAACAUUACUUAUCCUCUUGAAAGACUGGCAAAGCUAUACACGGAGGAGAUUGUGAGACUACAUGGAGUCCCGAUAUCCAUUGUCUCGGAUAGGGACCCACGAUUCACAUCUCGAUUUUGGCCCAAGUUUCAAGCAUCCUUGGGUACUAAACUGAAGUUUAGCACAGCUUUUCACCCACAGACAGAUGGACAAUCUGAGAGGGUGAUACAGAUAUUGGAGGACAUGCUCAGGGCAUGUGCUCUGGAGUUCCAAGGAAGUUGGGACAAACAUUUGGCUCUAGUCGAGUUUGCCUAUAACAACAGUUAUCAGGCGAGUAUUGGCAUGCCUCCAUACGAGGCAUUGUAUGGGAGGAAAUGCAGAACACCGUUGUGUUGGGACGAGGUUGGCGAGGCCAAGCUCGAAGGGGUUGAACUUGUCGAAAUAACCAAGGCUAAGGUGAAAGUCAUUCAGGAUAGACUUAAGGUUGCUCAAGAUCGGCAGAAGAGUUAUGCCGACAAACGACGAAGGCCAUUGGAAUUCAAGGUCGGUGAUAAGGUCUUCUUAAGGAUUUCUCCUUGGAAGGGUAUCAUCAGGUUUAUAUCGAGGGGAAAGCUUAACCCCCGAUACAUUGGUCCGUUUGAAAUCCUUGAAAGGGUUGGGGCGGUGGCUUACCGUCUCAAGCUGACGCCGGAACUUGAGAAGAUACACGACGUGUUUCAUGUAUCGAUGCUCAAGAAAUACGUGAGAGAUCCAUCUCAUAUUCUUGAGAGACCACCGGUGGAGAUACGUGAAGAUCUACAAUAUGCAGUGGAACUGGUAAAGGUAGUGGGUCAACAGGUGAAGAAAUUGAGGAACAAGGAGAUUCCUAUGGUAAAAGUCCUUUGGAGGAGUGAUCGGGUCAAGGAAGAAACAUGGGAGACUGAGGUCUCAAUGAGAGAGCAAUACCCUUUUCUCUUCGAUUAGACACGUGGAUUUUGGGGACGAAAUCCCAAAUAAGGGGGGGUGAACUUGUAACACCGUCCCCAAAUGUAUUUACUUUUAAGUGAAUAUUGUAUUUUAACCCUAUGGAUUGGUUGACGAAUUUACGAGGUUAUGAAUUUUUAUUAAUUCUUUUGCGGGAAUAGUAAAUUCGCAUGUGGGGCCCACACCGGGAGCGGGGACCGCCCGAUAUUUCCGGGACCAUUAUUUUAUUCAUCUUGGUCUAGAUAAUAUUUAUAUGGUGGUGGAUAUCUCAUUUGAGUAAUGGGAAGGCCCAGAGUUGACCGAUUGGUCAAAAAAGGCCCAAAUACCGGUAUUGGUAAUUUAACCGAUAAAAGCCCGAAAUUGGAUUUCGGAGACCUAUAAAUUAAAGUUGGGAAAUGUAUAUUCAUUUUAAGGGUCAUAAUGAUUGGGAACAUGUAAUAUAUCUUAUUUGACCCGAUAAAAUAAAAUAUAUUUAAAACUGUCCGAAAAAUACAACUUUCGGGACAAAGUGUACACUUCGGGACAAAAAGGGUUGACCUCCCACAUGGGUGGGGGCCAACCCACGAAUUUAGCCACAUUUUUCAAGGCAUGGGUCGGCUGAUAUGAGAGGGAGGUGGGAGAGAGAGCUGAUUUGAGAUGUUUGGCAUCAAAACAAAUCAUGGUGGCCCUCCUUUCCUUCACUCAUUGCUCAAUUGAGACAAAUGAGCAUUCCUACUCCUCCCCUCCUCACUCAUUCGGCCAACACUAAGGAAAAGGAGGAAAGAAGCUCUGCAACUUCAUCUUUCAUCGCCAAACUCAAGCCAAGCUCAAACAAGAAAGUUGAUAGGAAGUUAAAGAAGGAAAAAACUAGCUAAAGGUGUGAAAGUUAAGGAACUUGAUUUAGAGUAUCUUUGAGCUUCGCCGGAGUUUCGCCGGAGUUGGUCAAAGUUGGCCGGAGUUGGUCAAAGUUCACCGGAAAUAGUCAAAGUUUAACCGCGGGGCGUAGAACACGCUUAAGCUCACUUAAGUUUCAGGUAGAACUUGAAGGUUGCUACCAUCACCGUUGCUUCGGGUGGAUUAUCAAGGAGAGGAGACGUGGUUCGUGCUUCCUCCGUUUCUGUUUUAAACAUUUAAAUUAAUGCUCAUGGAUACUAUUUUCCGAAUAAUUAUUUAGGGCUUGCACGCCCGUGUUUGCCACGUGUGGCUCGAAUGCUUGUAUUAAUAUUUCCGCUGCUUAAUUAAAUGAUUUACAUUAUGAUU